AUGUCAUCCGCUCUCAAUCAUGCCCGAAGUCUGUCGGGGGUAUCUGUGAGAGCGGCGCAUCUGCUCGGAUCAUGUCGCAAGCAACAUUAUGACCGUGAUAUUCGAUGUGCCCUUCAGCCCUCUCGCCCCCGACGUUACUUCCAAUUCAAUACCCUCCUCCAUACCUCUACAACACCCGUCCAAUCCAACAGUCAUGAUGGGCCUCCUACGACUACGGAAUAUGAAAAAAUAUCAAAACCGUCGAAAUUAAGACCGAAAACGAAACCGAAACCUACACCCUCCGAAUACCUUGCGAAAAGUCUUCAAAGAACCCGCCUUAUAUUAGGAUCCGGCGAGCGGUCGACGCGGGCGGUCGAUCUGUCCUAUGUCAACCCCGAUCGAAAGGUCCCGAGACGCGUUCUUCAGAGACACCGAGGUCCAAAGAAGACAUAUGGUCGACCAGAUCGACAGUCGCUUCAAACAAUUCUUGGAGAAUACAUUCGACUGGUCGAGCCUUCUCUCUCACGCACUUCGAAGAUAUUGGAAGGAGUUAACUUAGAUUUUGUCCUCACCGAAGUCUUCCGCACGAACAGCCAACGAUUUCUGACCGAGCGAGGCUAUGAUAUCGAAGAUGUUGUCUCAUGGGCAUGGAUCAUGAAGAGCCAAACCCAUCACCAGGCAAUUUCCCGGAUGUUUGCACUGGAAGCCGACUCCAAAAUAAGUCGUGUUCCAACUUUCAUUCCUCUUUUCCUCUUGAAGGAGCCGCAUCUGGAUGCUCAGUCUUUUCGAUUACUUCUAAUUCAUUCUUUACAUCUCAUGAGUGGCCAGCCGUUUCCAGCUUUGGAUGCUCUCCCAAGGGACUUUGAAACCCACUCAAACCAGCCUCCAACCAAGCCUCGCCCUGCAAUCGACCGAAGUACAUGCAUGAUCCUUGUUGUCCGAUUAAUCCGACAUGCCCGGCAGGUAUGGCCCGAAGCAUUGCCCAUAAUUGCCCGCUCAUUCUCUCGAUUCCUGACGGCCGGCCCGGUUAAGGAGACUCGGCUCUUGAGCCUGGCCGAGCAUAAAGCCGAUGGCUUCAGAACUGCCAAAUUCAACAGCUGUCUUGAGUUACUCUCGCUUCCUACAAAAAUCCACCCCUUCCGAUCAUCAAACAUUCAGCAGGAGGCGCAAUUCGAGCUCCUUAGAGCUAUGGCGACACAUAAGCCAGUCCUUCCCCUUAACCGAAGGGGCUAUCGGGCGGUCAUUGCGGUCCAGAUGGCCCAUAAGAAGACAGCCGAGGAGCGUCAGUCAGCUGAGCUAAAGGCACCCUCGUGGCCGCCGUGGAAGGAAGCAAGAUUGGGCAUUGAUACACAGCGGGGCAAUGAGGGCAUUAUCAGCCGUGCAAUGAAUGUGCUUUCACAAAUGAAAGAGGCUGGAUACUCCCACCAGACCUGGGAAGAAAUGUGUUCUGUCCUGGCUGGUUGGGAUACAGACGGUAGCCCGACGGUCCAGACAAGAAGCCUGGUGCAUCAGACUGGGUCUUUGUCUCGUGAGCACAACGUGGAUUCCAACCAUUAUGCCGUUUGGGUUGCGCGUAUUCGUGCUACGAGAACUAAAGCUGCCAUUCAUGUUGCGAUAGCCGAGAAAUUGAUAUAUCGGGAGAAAGCGGUCAAGAGAGGAUCUGAUCACAAAAGUUCUGCUCUGCCAGGUGAUGGUCGUGAGGUUCACCCUGAACCGGCUUCCGCUCGAGACCUCAUCUAUGUGAAAACAGAGCCACCGUCGUCGCAGGAAUUUCUUGACCAGAUAUUAUCGGAUGGAUUUCGUCCAUCUGGGAGGUUCCUAGCUUUGCUUCUUGAGUCAACUUCUAACUUCCGCUUGGGCGUGAAGUAUCUGCAAUACAGUGACUUGACGGACGAGCAGAUCACGGCUCUGUGCACCCCGUGGUACCAGCAGCCGGGAGACAAGGCAGAUCAUAUCAAGGCUCUCCAAUCGUUGCCAAAUUUUGUCUUUGCCGCUUUUAUCAAGCUCCUUUGCUCAUCUUUCUUUGUGACUGCCAAAAGUGUCGCCCCACGCACGCCCCUUCUCUAUCAUUUCCCCGUCCUCAUGGCUGGCAAGCAAAGCCCCGGGCCUAUGUCUGAUAUUUCUGGCCUCAACGAAGAGCUUGGAGAACCUUGCCAUCCAAGGUCUUUGUGGCAUGCUAUUCAACUGGUCAAGCUGCUGAAGCCAGCCUGCCAUCAGGCCUGGUCCCAUAUCCUCAAUACCUUAAGCCAAAAAUCAACUUCUCGAAGGUCAUGGAUCCGAAGUUGCCUCUCAGGAACCCUCCGGGAUCAAGAUCUUUACCGCAUUCUUGUAUGGCAGGAAGUGCUUGCGGUCUUGAGACUGAUGAAAGCUCGCAAGCUCGACCUCGGCAUGAAAAACUUUCAAUUUCUAUGCCUGGCAUUCAAAAGAGCAGUUGAUGCUGGAACGCACCAUGAUGGCCUUGUCGAGGAAGCAGCUCGGCUCAUACAAAAACCUAGCCUUGCUGAGAUCAAUUGUGACGGACAGGAAGCUUUUGACGCUAUGGUUGCGAAUGGACUCGAGGUUCUGAAAUCGCAAUUUGACGGCCUUGUUCUUCCGGCGUCGAAAACUUCAGAACUGGCAGAGCGGAGUAUAUUCACCAUAGAGUCGGAGGCUCAUGUGCUUGCCGGACUGCAUGUCCCGUCCUAUGCGACGCUGCAUAGCUUCGUGCGAGUCCUGGGGCUCGUCGGAGACGACGAAGGCUUGCUAUACCUGUUACGGUGGAUGAGUGAGUCAGCUACUCGUCUGAACGAAGUCGCGGACGAGGAAUUGAACGGCGAAGCAAUGAAGCAUCAGACCUUUACAGCGAUUCGGGUAUUCCUGGAGAAGCUGCACCGUCCGGACGAUGCUCGGGUAGCAUCGGAUCGCCAGGUGCAAGAGGCAUACGACCUCGUUAGCCAGACUCCCGGUUGGGAAUGGCCUAGUGAUGAAGAUGUUGAAGAAUAUCUUGAAUAA